AUGGCGCAGUCGCAAACCCAGUCUGUGGACGAGACUCCGGACCACAAGGAUCCUGCUUUGAACAAUGCCCAACUCUUGCAACAAGAGAAGCUGCGCCCAAAGUCUCGAGCGUCUACAAGCAGCUUACAGUCCGUGGGUGUUGGCACUGCUUUUCAACCCGCGCAUCAGGCGCAUGCACCACCACCACAACAACAACCGGACGAUUCGAACAUACCUCUCGAUCAAAACGCUUUCUUCAUGCAACAUGGCGCUCAUGCAGCCGGGGGCAUCUAUAGCCCGCACCCAGACGAGAUGAUGAUGCACUAUCAACACGCACAUAUUCAUCAACAGGCAAUAGAUCCAGCCACAGGAAUGCCACAUGAGAUGCGGCCAAUGUCACAACAAGCAUUCCAAGAGAUGCAACAAUACCCAAUGCAAUAUCCUCAUGGUGUACCCCAGUAUCCCAUUGGCCAUCAACAUAUGCAUCACAUGCGCCAUCACUCGGAACAGUUCGAAGGUUCCCCGGCACCUGAAGACUCAAACAAUGAGAACGGCGGUGCCAAACGAAGAAAGGGCGCCGCUUCGAGUAUGGCCAACGACCAAGAGUUGCGGCGACUCCUGGCCCAGUAUCAGGGCAAGACACUGAAAGAGGUCGCGGCCGAAGUCCAGAGGAACGAAGGGGCUGGUGGAAAGUCUGAAAAGGCAAAACAGGUCUUCGCGAUGCUUUGGCUCCAAGAAAGCUGUCAGAGAUCUGCAAACUCAGUCCGCCGCGACCGUGUUUUUACGAGAUACACGGAGCGCUGCGGCAAUGAGCGUGUCCCAACUCUCAAUCCGGCAUCCUUUGGAAAGCUUGUACGCAUUAUCUUUCCCAAUGUUCAAACCAGAAGACUGGGUGUCCGAGGCGAAUCAAAAUACCACUACGUCGAUCUCUCAUUGAUAAUGGACGAUGAUGACCGGCCGUAUGCCCCUCCCAUCGAGAGACCUGGGACAUCGAGCGGCAACCAGCAUGAACGACAUGCUUCGCACGUGGACGCCACCAAGGUUUUCAAGCCUCGAGUUUCUCCUGCCCUGGACCGACCUAUGUCAAGAGCGACCAUGGAGACUGCUGACUUUCCUGCUCCCAGUGCCGCAUUCUUGUCUAAAGAAGCAGACACUGCUGCGGAAGAUGUGUCGAGCCCACCAGAUGCACAGUCUGAGAGGCUCGAUUGCAAGUAUAUCGACACUCCUACCGUCCGAUUUCCUGUCAAAACAAUGCCCGGAAACGUGGUUGCCGCGCUGCCAACUAUUCGACGACACCUGCCAGGGAGCAUGGCGUCUUACCUUGGAAUGCCAACCGUCAAUUCUCUGUCGCUGCCGGCGACUUCAUCACAAGACACCCCGAUUGACUUUCCGGAUAUACAUCCUUACCUUGAAGGUGAGGUAUAUGAUGCAACCAUUGCCCGUGCAUUGUUUCAUCUAUACCGCUCAUACUGCAUUGAUGUGAUUGACGCAUUCCGAAAAUGCAAGGAGAAGCCAUUCUUCAACCAUCAUUCGGCUUUCAACGGCAAGAUGACCGUGCCAGUCUCCAAAGUGUUCUCGAUGCCAUGUUUGGCCCCAUGGAUCCAAGAAUGCGACAUGCGAAUGUAUAAGCAGAUCGUCCGGUUCAUUGCUCCGCUAGCUCUCCAAAACGUCCCUGACGUUGUGUGGAAUGUCUUUGAUCGGAUAGGGACGAAACUGGUCGGUCACCUCAUAACAGCGUUCGAAGAGAAAUGCCCCGUCCAUGUCAUCGUCGCAAAGAUAGUACCCGCACAACGUUUUGUAAACGUGUUGAACAAGUUAAAGGGCGCAAACACGGCGACGCUGCAGUUCAGUCGAAUGCUCGAAGACCCACAACAAAGAACUCAGAUGUGGCUGGAUCUAAUGUCCAUCGUGGACCCUGAUCAGCUGCUCGAGGACAGUAUGCCGGCGCCGGAAAGCAUCGAGAAGGUCCGUGGCAUGCUCAAGCUCGACAUGCGUCCUCUUGUGGAUCCCGUGGACGAGCCUUUGGUCCAUGCGGCCGAAGAUGACCCAACGAGCGCGUACGCCACUCUGCUCAAUGAUGACUCGAUUGGCACCUUGGGAAUCUUGCUUCCAGAAGUCGGCGACGAUCCAAUGUCGUUAUUGGAACGAUGGGUCAACUGGCUGGAGCGGUUGCCUCAACUGUAUGGCGGUCAUCACCCGCAAUGUAUGAUCAACUGGCAUACGCGGUUCUGGAAAAGCAUCAUGACACAAAUGGGACGCGGCGUAGCCCACAGCUAUCAGUCGUGGUGGUUCGUCGAGUCGUUUACCACGCAGAUGCUAGACUGGAUGACACAGAUGGAAGGGCUCAUGCUGGAUUCACACAGUCAAACCAUCGCAGACGAACGGGAGCAGGACAAAUGCAGACAAGCACAAUCGCUGCCUGACGAGCCUUUUCGUGGGACGAAAAGAAAGCGGACGGAAGAAGAGGCCGGGUUCAACCCGAGCACUCAACUGGAACAAGAUUCACACGCAUCGAAGAGACCGUCGACCGCUCCCAAGAGCUCGCCGGCUCUCCCAUCGACGCGGGUGAUGGACGACGCGGCUCCUCCGAUCGAUGACGAUGCAACCGAUGCUGACCUGGACGAACUGAGGCAUGGAGGCCCUUUAGAUCUACCUAGCUUCCACACCGGUCUGACUAGCCCCGUCAAAGGCCGAGGACCCGGAAAUCACGACGACAGCGGAAUUGGCCUCGGGCUUGACGUUGAGGUUGAUGUCGAGGCGGAGAAGGAAGCCAGGAAGUUCAACAAGAAGGACUGGUUCCUCAGCAGCGAUCCGGCAGACUCGGGAAUCGCGCUGGGGGUAAUGGCUCAAUGA